GGGACUGAGAGGUUAAUAAUAUUUUGAUCGUUGAAGGUCGAGUUAGUCCAGUUUUCCGGAACCCUGCGCCGGAAUGAUAUUAUCCGCACUGCUAUUGUCGCUACUUCCUUUGACGUGGGCGAGACAACCGCGGGUGCAUUGGGCAGUGACAGCCAACGCGACAGGCAAAGAUGUUGUUGAAGACGUGAUCUAUUUGAUCAGUAAACUUCAAGUAUUUCCUGAUGAUCAUGAUGUUCUCCGGCGAAUCGCCUGCUUUGAUUCGGAAUACGGGGCCAACUGGGAAAAUCUGGCGAAGAGUAAAACCGGAAUAUGGCCGAUUUCACCCAGACGGUUCUUUCUGACCCGUGAGCUGGCUGGUCAGCACAAAUUUCUACAAGCGGCGCAUGCUCAAAUCAAAAAAGAAUUCGAUAUCAGUUGGACAGAUGUUGAUUCACUAGAUCUACUCAGGCCACUUUACUCCGGCAUUGCAGCUCGCUUGACCAUGCUGCUGUGCAGCAACAUUGAACCGAGGCUCAGCAUCCCGGACGCGGACGAUGAUCUGGCUGCGUACUGGCGGACCUGCGCCCAUGCGGUCAUCGAGGAUAAAUUGGUCGAAAAUCGUAAAAGGGCUUGCACAGUGGAGAAUUGCGCAGCGCGUAUGGAUAUGUGCAUUAUGGUGGAUUCGUCGGGCAGCAUCGAUGCUGUAGAUUUUCAGCGAUCGCGGCUGUUUGUAGAUGAUUUACUCUUCUCCUAUGACGGAGAACAGGUGCGUACGAACGUGCUGCUGUUCUCAAGCACAGUACUAUUUGUAUCGAACUUUAACAGUACCACCGACGAUCAACGUGCGGCAGUAAUGCGUGCACCCCAUUUACAAGGAGGAACCGCAACAGCGGACGCUUUAUACUAUUGCUACUACGCGCUGCAGAAUAUGCCAACCAUAUCGUCAGCCACACCCAAAGUCAACCUCCUUCUAACGGACGGUGAGUCGAAUGAAUGGACGCAUGAAAGCCUGAACUCGGUCCUCUUGCGGACUGCUGCGGCCAACAUAGUGUCCUUUGCAAUCGGCGUCGGCUCAUGGCUUAACACGGAAGAACUGAAGUCCAUUGCCGGUAACCAUUCUGAACGUGUUUUCAACGUCCGUACCGCAUCAGAUCUUCAAAGCCGACUGGGACAGAUCCGCCGCGCCACCUGUCGGACGCCGCAGACACCCGAGUUCGAGCAGCCAUACGAGGAGGCACUCGGAAAAGAUGAAUGCCGCCCUAUCAAGAUCGACAUUCCCGAAGAAUUAACUGAAAUUGCUCUUGACGUGAAAUGUACAGAAGGCAGUGUCAACAUUCCCUACGCAUGGGGCUACGAGAAUCCAUCGCGGGCAGCUCACGACGGCAUCUGCCGCGCUCCGGGUUGUAUUAUACCGCGUCCGCAGGAACGAUCCCGCCGAAGUACAGCCACGCUGCCGAGCCAGCCGAGCGACACUGCUAAAUCGUAUUUGUACCUCAGUGUCAUUGGAGAGGAGAGUUUUAACAAAUUCAUUAUAACUGCCAAGGUGAUCCGGUCACCACCUGAGCCUGUUCCGUCUGUUGAGACUGUUGGUGAAAUGGUUGGCAGCGAUGUGGACACAAGCGAUAUGGUGGACGCUGCCAUGAUCCAUCUUGUGCGUGAAUACAAUCGAAUCGAGUACAUUUGGUAAUUUUGUCAUACUUUUAGGUUUUCUCUCAGUCAAUUACUACUGAGUGUGAGCCAGUCCAAUGCAAAACUUCAGUCAGAAAACAGUUUUGUGAUUUUAUUGGUCCGCAUUUCAAAAAAACGAAGGUCAAGCCGCUGAAUAUGAAGCGCAAUCGUUGCAUGUUCAAUCUCUGAGAAAUGUUCAGAAUAAUGCCAGCAAGAAGUUAAU